AUGGGAAUCACUGCGGAGAAAGAGAACUUCGGUGAGGGUGCUCGCCCUCCGGCUACCUCAUCGCCAUGCGAACCCAUCGCCAUCGUGGGCAUGGCGAUGCGCCUACCGGGGGGAGUACACAGCGGAGAGGAAUUUUGGGACAUGCUGAUCGAAAAGAGGAGUGGUCUCUGCGAUGUACCCAAAGACCGGUUCAAUAUCGAUGCGUUCCAUGUCCCGCACCAGAAGGCAGGAACGGUGCGUAUAAAGCAGGCGUACUUCUUGGACGAUGUGGAAAUCGGGCAGUUUGACAGCUCCGUCUUCUCCAGCUCCAAGACGGAGGUGGAGCGGCUUGACCCCCAGCAGCAGCAAUUGCUGGAAGUCGUCUAUGAGUGCCUGGAGAAUGCAGGGUCGACUUCGUGGCGCGGCAGCGAUAUUGGCUGCUAUGUUGGGAUGUUUGGCGAGGACUGGCUGGAUCUCAUGGCCAAGGAGACACAGCAUAUGGGUGGCUAUCGGGUGACGGGGUAUGGGGACUUCGUGUUGGGAAAUCGCAUUUCUUAUGAGUUUGAUCUGCAUGGUCCAAGCAUGACGGUCAAGACGGGCUGCUCUUCAUCGCUAGUCUGCCUGGAUCUGGCCUGCAAGGCGAUCCGAGACGGCGACUGCGAUGGCGCGUUGGUUGGCGGCACGAAUCUGAUCUUCUCGCCCACCAUGACGCAGGCCCUGACCGAUCAAGGAGUGCUGUCGCCGACCGGAACUUGCAAGACAUUCGAUGCAGCGGCCGAUGGCUAUGCCCGCGGAGAGGCUAUCAAUGUGAUAUAUAUCAAAAGGCUGAGCCAGGCGAUCCAAGAUGGAGACCCCAUCCGGGCCAUCAUCCGCGGAACCAGCGUCAACUGCGAUGGUCGGACCCAGGGAAUGAUCACCCCCAGCCCCAUUUCCCAGGAGGCAGCAAUUCGCCGUGCCUAUGAGGCAUCCGGAAUCCGUGACCUGUCCCAAACAGCCAUCGUCGAAUGCCACGGUACCGGCACGGGGGUGGGCGAUCCCCUGGAAGCCGCUGCCGUGGCGAAGUGCUUUGGAGAGAAGGGCGUCGUGAUCACAUCGGUCAAACCAAAUGUCGGGCACUCCGAGGGUGCAGCUGGAUUGACGAGUGUCAUCAAAGCGGUCCUGGCCUUGGAGCACCGGCAGGUGCCACCGAACAUCAAUUUCACGGCCCCCAACCCUAAGAUCCCUUUCAAGGAGUGCAAGCUCCAUGUUCCGGUCGAGGUGGAGGCCUGGCCCGAAGGUCGCGCGGAACGAGUCAGCGUCAACUCGUUCGGCAUUGGGGGUGCCAAUGCGCAUGUCAUCCUUGAAUCCCCCGGGCAAUUUGGGGUGCAGCGCCCGUCCGCUGCUGUGCAUGGCGAGGGGCCACACUUGAUGCUGUUCUCCGCGCACAGUGCCGAGUCACUCGAAUCGAAUAUCCAGUCUCAUCGAGACUUCAUGAAACAGGACAAGGCAUCCCUGCGUGACAUCGCAUAUACGCUGUCCAGCCGCCGGAUCCCGCAGUCCCAUCGAGCCUAUGCCGUGGUGGAUGGCAUGGAUAUGCCGCCCGCAUCGGGGACGGAGGUGGCCAAGUCAACACCAAAGGUCGUCUGGGUGUUCACGGGGCAGGGGGCGCAAUGGCCGGAAAUGGGCGUCCAGUUGAUCGAGACGAAUGCCAUAUUCCGAAACACGAUCAGACAGCUGGACCGCUUCUUGCUUUCCCUACCAACGCCCGCACUGUGGACCAUCGAGGCCGAGCUGCGCAAGGUGAAUGAGACCAGCCGCGUCUACACCCCGGAGAUGGGCCAUCCGUUGUCCGUAGCCGUUCAGAUCGGGCUGAUCGAGAUCCUUCGAUCGUGGGGAGUCACGCCCAGUGCGGUGUUAGGGCACUCGUCCGGGGAGCUGUCUGCGGCAUAUGCCAGUGGCGCCAUCACCGCCGAAGGGGCCAUGGCUGCAGCCACCCUUCGGGGUACCAGCAACGAACUGUCGUCCCAAAAGGGAUUGAUGGCCGCCAUUGGGCUGGGACGCGACGAGGCGCUGCCCUUCGUCCAGCCCGGGGUGGUCAUUGCGUGCGAGAACAGCCAGAUGAGCGUGACCCUGUCGGGAGACGCGUCGCAGAUGGAGAACGUGGUCAACAAGAUCAAGACGGAGCGUCCAGAGGUGCUGGCUCGCUUCCUCCGUGUGGAAAAGGCUUUCCAUUCCCACCACAUGUGGGAGUAUGGGCCGAUGUACGAAGAAAAACUCCAAGCCGUCGUGCAUAGUGUUGAUCCGCGCAUCCCCUUCUACUCCAGCGUCACCGGCGACCAUCUGACGGGCGAGGGGGCUCUGGGGGCCUCAUAUUGGCGCCGCAACAUGGAGAGCCCCGUGCUCUUCAACUCGGGCGCUCGUUCGGUGCUGCGUGACCACCCGGAGAGGCUGGUGCUUGUUGAGAUAGGCCCUCACCCGGCGUUGAAGGGCCCCAUCGGGCAGAUUCUACGCGACGUUGGUCGGUCCGGGGAGGUGCAUGUCGGCACCCUCCAGCGAGGUCAGUUCGUCAUGGACCUGCCUCGCUACUCCUGGAAGCGCGACAUCUCGCACUGGGCUGAGCCACGCGUCGCCAGAGAGUGGAGGUUCCGCGAACACCCCCCUCACGAGCUGCUUGGGAAUCGCUUGAUAGAACUGGGAAGCGAGCCGUGUUGGAGAAAUGUUCUGGCUAUGGAGAACGUCCCGUGGCUGGUGGGCCAUCAGCUUGGGGGCCACACGGUAUUCCCUGCUGCGGGAUAUAUCUGCAUGAUUGGGGAGGCCCUGCGGCAGCUGGGAGGGGAGGUAGCGUACAGUCUUCGCAAUAUCAGCAUUGCCUCGGCAGUCGUUCUGGAGACCGACGCAACUGUCGAGUUGUUGACGAGUCUGAAGCCAAUUUCGCUCGAUGCCUCGGAGAAGUCCCCGUGGUACACUUUCACAAUCAACUCCUGUGACGGCACAAGAUGGACCCGGAACUGUUAUGGGGAGGCCAGGCCGUCUGUUGACAAGUCUCAUUCACUCGAAGCGUGCGGAACAGGCCCUGCAUUCCCCCGGAAGGUGGAUGAGAACACUUGGUACAGGAUGUUGAGCCAGGUGGGCUUUAAUCACACUGGCCUAUUCCGGGGAUUGAAGCAAAUCUUCGCUGCCCCUGUCAAGAAUGAAUCAUCCGCGGUGGUUUCGACUACCGAUUCCCAUGCCCAAGCGAAGUAUGCCUUGCACCCAGGAGUAAUCGACCAGUGCUUCCAACUGUUCACCGUCUCGGCCUAUCGUGGCCUGACCCGCGACUGUCAUCAGCUCGCAGUUCCUACCUUCAUCGAGGAGAUUGUCAUAUCUCCCAGCGACGAGGAGCUGCAUGUUACAGCCCUCAUCCGGAAAGUGGAACGGGGGUCAUUCGUCGGAGACCUUGUGGCUCAGGCCUCCGGGCAGAAGAUGAUCUCCCUGAAAGGAUUCAAGGCAUCCGCUGUCAGCGCCGACAAUGAUGCCGAAGAGACCCCCCUAAUCAGCCGGAUGGAAUGGAAGCCACACGCCGACUUUGUCGACAUGAGCAAGCUGGUGCACCCUCGGGAGCAUUGCCCCCCGGAAUGGCCCCUGUUGGAGGAACUUGUCCUCCUGUGCAUGCUUGACCACCAGAGGCAGAUCCAGCCAUGCGACGAGACCCCCGACUAUCUCCGGUCGUUUUUCGCCUGGAUGCGCGCCCACGUGGAAAGGUACCAGGCUGGUACCAACACAUUUAUCUCCAAUAGCCUUGAGCUGGGCGAGCUCCGGAGGGAGGAGAGACUGGCUCGCAUCGAGGAGAUCAUCGCCCGAGUGUCAAUGUCCCCGUACGCCCCCUUCGCGAUUGCCGUGAAUCGCCUCUUCCAGGCCGCACCCACCAUCUUCGCGGGCGAGGCACAUCCACUGCAUAUCCUCAUGGAGGACAACGUCCUGACGGACCUCUACGUCGCUGGUGAUGUUUUGGACUAUGCCGAGGCACUGCAGGUCCUCGGACAUACGAAUCCCCGCCUAAGGAUUUUGGAGAUCGGGGCGGGCACCGGGGGAACCACGCACAAGGUCCUGCGUGCCCUAACUUCUUCCUUCGGGGAGCGGCUGUAUGGCAGCUACACCUACACCGACAUCUCCUCUGGGUUCAUGUCGGCCGCUGAAGAGAGAUUUGCCGACUACGAGGGCAUUGAGUACGCCGUCUUUGACAUCACCCAGGACCCUGCCACCCAGGGCUUUGAGCUUGGAAAAUAUGAUUUGAUUGUCGGGAGCAACGUUGUGCAUGCUACGCCGUCAUUGCAAUCAACCCUCGGCAAUUUGCGUGCUUUGCUUAGCCCGACAGGCCGGCUCUUCCUGCACGAGCUUUGCCCCGGUAAACCUGUACCGACAUCUAUCAAGGGAUUCCUUUCCGGCUGGUGGCUGGGUGCCAGCGACAACCGCGUAGACGAGCCAUACAUCUCGACCGCACGCUGGUCGAAGGAACUCGUCGCAGCAGGAUUCCAGGCCCCGGAGGUCAUGGUGCUGGACGGAAUCGCCCCGUAUCAUGCCAGCGCGGGUAUCAUGGCUUCCAAUGCCAGCAGCAAGACCGAUCCCCCCCGCGUAACUUUGUUGUGCUAUGGCCCAGACGGCCCUUACAUUCAAGAGACCAGACGCCGACUUGAAGCGUUGAAUAUCAUCGUAGACAUUUCCCUGUUUGGUGAAAUCCUCCCCCCUGACCAGGACGUCAUUUCUCUGCUUGACCUGCAGCACUUUACCAUCCACGACAUGUCGGAGGCGACCCUGGACUCCAUUCUCGGCUACCUGCAGGCCUUCGAGGGUAAGAUCAUUUGGGUGACACGGGCCUCCCAGAUUAACUGUGAGGAUCCACGGGCUGCUAUGAUAUUGGGGCUUGCUAGGGCUGCUCGGAGGGAAUUGUCUAUUAAGUUGUUCACGGUCGAGCUGGACAGCGCUACACCCGUCACAGGGGGCGUGGAUGCAAUCACCGACAUUCUUCUUCGGGUCAGUGCUCUGGAUCUGCAACCAGAUGCGAUGGACCCUGACUGGGAGUAUGCGAUCGUGGACGGUGAUAUCCAUGUUCCCAGACUGCACUGGCAGACUGUAUCCGAUGCCUUUGGUCAGUGUCGCGGUGGCGAUCGCCCACCCGUGAAGAGCCUGACUAUGAAAAGCCCUGGAUUGCUGCACACGAUGGGCUGGAGGGAGGAGUUGAGCACGUCCCCGAAAGAGGGCGAGGUGGUGGUUCAAACCAGGGCCGUCGGGUUGAAUUUCAAGGAUAUUCUGAUCAGUCUCGGUGUAUUAGACAACAGCACCGACGAGUUGGGGCUCGAGGGGGCUGGGGUUGUUCACGCCGUAGGCCCGGGCGUGCAGAACAUCGCGGUCGGGGACCGGGUGAUGUACAUGGCCAGUGGAUGCUUCACCACGCAUAUCACCCUGCAGGAGAGCAUGUGUGUUACGAUGGAUGACUGGAUGACCUUCGAGCAGGCCGCAGCCCUGCCGUGUGUCUACGCCACUGCCUCCAUGGCCCUGAUCGACAAAGCCGGUUUACAACCAGGCCAGUCAAUCCUCAUUCACUCUGCCUGCGGCGGUGUCGGCCUAGCUGCCAUUCAAAUCGCGCGGAUGAUCGGCGCGGAGAUCUACUGCACCGUGGGAAGCGAGACCAAAGCCCAAUAUCUGACCGAACAUCACCACAUCCACCGCUCCCACAUCUUCAACUCCCGCGAAUCCACCUUCCUCCGGGACGUCAUGCAAGCCACCGACAACCGGGGCGUCGACGUCGUGCUCAACUCCCUGUCCGGCGAUCUCCUGCACGCGUCCUGGAAGUGCGUCGCUGACUUCGGUGUCAUGGUGGAAAUUGGAAAACGGGACUUCCGACGUCGUGCCAAGCUGUCCAUGGAGGCUUUCGAGGCUAACCGGACCUUUGUCGGACUGGAUUUGUGGCAGAUUUCGCUGAGUAGACCUGAGAAAACUGCGAGUCUACUGCGGCGCUGUGUUGAUUGGAUCAGGGCCGGGGCCAUCGUACCGGACGCAAUUUCUCAUUCAUUCCCUGCAGGUGACAUCCAAGAGGCCUUCCGCCUCAUGCAGGCUGGUCGCCAUAUCGGGAAGAUUGUGGUCAAUAUGCCGGAGGAUGUGGACGCUCUGGUUGCCACCAGGAUCAAACCCACUCCCACUCUCCGACAAGAUCGCAGUUACCUUCUCGUCGGUGGUCUGGGUGGCCUCGGACGGUGUGUGGCCACCUGGAUGGUGGAGCACGGGGCGCGCAGUCUCAUCUUCCUCUCGCGAUCUGCCGGCCAGGGCCCGGAUACCCGUGGAUUCCUGGAUGAGCUUCACGCGCAAGGGUGCCAGGCGCAACUGGUCCCCGGAGAUGUCGGCAGCAUGGCAGCCGUCGAGGAAGCUGUCAGGGGCGCCGCCAUGCCCAUGGCCGGGGUUGUGAAUAUGUCUAUGGUUCUCAGGGACAUCCCUCUGGAACGAAUGACCCUCUCGGACUGGACAGCUGCCGUCGAACCCAAAGUGCAAGGCACCUGGAACCUGCACCACGCCGUCUCCUCAGACCUCGACUUCUUCAUCCUCUUCUCGUCCUACAGCGGCGUGGCCGGCCACUGGAACCAGGCCAACUACGGCGCCGCCAACACCUUCCUCGACGCAUUUGUCCAGUACCGCCAUCACAACGGCCUGCCGGCAUCCGUGAUCGACAUCGGCGUGAUGGAACGGGUCGGAUACUUGUCUCGCAACGACCACAUUCUCGCCCACUUCGAGCAGGCAGGAUUGCACGUUUUAGGCGAGAAUGAUCUGCUGAACGCCAUGACCCUCGCCGUUGCACGAUCGUCGCCCACCGCCAUCCCAUCCAAGGCCACGGCAACCUACUCCUAUUCCAACCCCAGCCAGAUCCUCCUUGGCCUCAACACCACCAUCCCCCUGUCCUCCACCACCAACCGGGUCGCCUGGAAACACGACAUGCGAAUGAGCAUUUACUGGAACCUGAACGGCGCCACGGAUCCCUCGUCCGCCGGGUCUUCGGAUCAGAGCAGUCUAAGAGAGUUCCUUGCCAAUGCUGCUUCCCGUCCUGCCAUUCUUCUGGAUGACACGGCUACCGUUGUUAUCGCCACGGCUGUGGCGGGUGCGCUGGCCCAUUUCUUGAUCAGGAGUGAAGAGACCAUUGCGCUCGGCGACUCGCUGCAGAGCCUGGGCGUGGAUUCGCUGGUUGCGAUGGAGGUCCGCAAUUGGAUUCGCCAGCAGCUGGGCGUCGAGACGAGUGUCUUUACCCUCAUGCAGAGCCCGUCGCUUCUGCAGCUGGGAGAGCAUAUUCGGCUGGCCUUGGUUGGGAAACUUGGGGCGUAG